AAUAAUAUCCAAAUUAAAUGGGCACAGUGAGAAAGCUAGUAGUAGAAGUAAUUGAGGCACGGAACCUCCUUCCCAAGGAUGGCCAUGGCACUUCAAGUCCUUACGUACUUGUCGAUUUCUAUGGCCAGAGAAGGAAGACAAGGACAGUCACUCGUGAUCUCAGCCCCCAGUGGAAUGAAAUGUUGGAAUUCAAUGUCGGAAAACCCUCUGAUGUUUUCGGGGACAUGCUCGAGCUUGACGUCUAUCAUGACAAGUCCAUUGGCCCCACAACCAGGAAUAAUUUCCUCGGAAGGAUCAGGUUGAGUGCUACGCAGUUUGUCAAGAAAGGUGAAGAAGCAUUGAUCUAUUACCCUUUGGAGAAGAAAUAUUGGUUCAGUUGGAUUUCUGGUGAAAUUGGUUUGAAAAUUUAUUUUGUCGAACAAUUAGUUGUUCCCCAAAUCAAAGCGGAGCCUAAGCAAGCACCACCAGCUGAGCCAACUGAAGCUGCACCGGAAGGUGAAAAGCCAAAUUCCAUAGAAGAGGAGCCACCUGCACAAGUAGUGGAAAAUCAUACUACCGUAGAAGCUGAGCCGCCUGCAAAAGAAGCGGAAAAUCCUACUAGUGUUUUAAUGGAUCCACAUCCACCACAAGAUGAUGAAUUUAUUCAGGUGAAAAGAUCUGUGUCUUUAGGAUCCAUACCUGAAGUAAAAGUUAGCAAUAAUAUUAAUAUUGUCACUGGUCCUAGGCCAAUUAGUCGUGCUUCAUCAGUCAUCUUCUCUGAUGCUGGAUCAGGUCCCAUCGAACCGUCCUCAUUUGAUCUUGUUGAAAAAAUGCAUUACCUGUUCGUUCGAGUUGUAAAAGCUCGAUCACUACCCACAGCUGGCUGCCCCGUUGUGAAAAUUGUUGUUUCCGGCAGCCAUGUUGUAUCAAAGCCAGCCCGGAAAACAGUGUUGUUUGAGUGGGACCAAACUUUUGCUUUCGGUCGAGAUGCACCUGAUUCUUCCUCCCUCUUAGAAGUCUCAGUGUGGGACCCUUCAAGUGCCAAGUCAUUUGAUCCUACAUCCGACGUGGCAGGACAUGUAUUUCUAGGUGGCAUUUGCUUUGAUGUGAGUGAGAUCCCCCUACGUGACCCACCUGAUAGUCCUUUGGCUCCUCAAUGGUAUAGGCUUGAAGGAGGUGGGGCUCAUAGAGGUGAUCUAAUGCUUGCUACUUGGGUUGGGACUCAAGCUGAUGAUUCAUUCCCUGAAGCCUGGAAGACCGACACUGCCGGUAAUCCUGCUUCUAAAUCUAAGGUAUAUCAAUCACCUAAAUUGUGGUAUUUGAGAUCAUCAGUGAUAGAGGCACAAGACAUUUCCCACUUGACACAUAAUUCAAAGGAGUCAUCAUAUCACAUCAAAGCCCAACUAGGAUUCCAAGUUCAAAAGACCAAAUCCAUCACCACAACUAGUACUGGAUCUCCAUCUUGGAAUGAAGACUUGGUAUUCGUAGCAGCUGAACCAUUUACUGAGCACUGCCUGCUUUUUUUCUUAAUAGAAACGGACAGGACUGCGAAAGACCAAACUGUCCUUGCAGUUGCUAGCAUACCGCUCACCACAAUUGAGCGUCGAGUGGAUGACCGUAAGGUGGCAUCCAGAUGGUUCACAUUUGAAGAUCCUAACGAAGAGAAGAGAAUUUACAAAGGUAGAGUCCACUUGCGCCUUUGUUUUGAUGGUGGAUAUCAUGUGAUGGACGAAGCAGCCCAUGUUUGUAGUGAUUACCGUCCAACCGCAAGGCAACUAUGGAAAGCACCAAUUGGGACUGUUGAAUUAGGGAUUAUUGGAUGCAAGAAUCUGUUGCCCAUGAAAGGUAAGGGGUCUACAGAUGCUUAUGCAGUUGCUAAAUAUGGUAGCAAGUGGGUACGCACUCGUACCAUAUCAGAUAGUUUAGAACCUAGGUGGAAUGAGCAGUACACUUGGAGAGUUUAUGAUUCAUCCACUGUGUUGACUAUCGGUGUAUUUGAUGGCUGCUCGGAAGUAGUACUCGAAUCAGAUGAGUGCAUGAGGCCAGAUUUUCGGAUUGGUAAGGUGCAUGUGCGUAUUUCUACAUUGACAACAGGUAAAGUGUACAGGAAUACUUUCCCAUUACUUUUGUUAUCACAAACUGGUUUGAAGAAAAUGGGGGAAAUUGAAUUAGCAGUGAGAUUUAUACGUGCUGCACCAACGCUUGAUUUCUUACAUGUCUACUCACAACCAUUGCUGCCCAUGAUGCAUCAUGUAAAGCCCCUUGGCAUGGUUCAACAAGAUAGUUUAAGGAUUGCAGCUGUCAAAAUAGUAGCGAGCCACUUGACAAGAUCAGAGCCGCCUCUUAGGAGUGAGGUUGUGACUUACAUGCUUGAUGCUGAUUCACAUUCAUUCAGCAUGAGAAAAGUUCGUGCAAAUUGGUUCAGGAUCAUUAAUGUCAUAGCUGGAGUAAUUGACAUUGUCAAAUGGGUGGAUGACACACGUGGCUGGAAGAAUCCGACUGCAACUUUACUUGUCCAUGCACUUUUGGUGAUGCUCGUGUGGUUUCCUGACCUCAUCAUACCUACAUUUGCCUUCUAUGUGUUUGUGAUUGGUGCGUGGAAUUACAGGUUCAGAUCUCGAGAUACUUUACCCCACUUUGAUCCAAAAAUCUCACUGGCAGAGUCACUAGACAGAGAUGAGCUUGAUGAAGAGUUUGAUGCAUUGCCUUGCACUAGACCAAAUGAAUUGGUACGAGCCAGAUAUGAUAAACUGCACAUGCUUGGGGCACGGGUUCAGACAAUCUUGGGAGAUUUCGCAACACAAGGGGAGAGAGUGCAAGCAUUGGUAACUUGGUGUGACCCUCGAGCCACAGGGAUAUUUAUUGGGCUAUGCUUUGUCGUGGCAUUCAUUUUA